AGCACAAAGCACAUCGCAGAGCAUCGACUACACGUCAAACUAAAUAUUUUCUUUUAUUCGCGACGCCAUUUUUGCUUUGCUCAACAGAGUCAUUCCAACACAGAUUUUUUUCGUGCAGCAAAAACUGACGCAAUGAAAAACGAGCCAGGCAUCGGUCUCGACUCAGACAUUGUUAUGAAUGACAUUGAACAUGGUGCAAACAGCAAUGAUUCAUCGGAUGCAAUCACAGUAUCGAAUAGAAAUGCAGUCGUGCAAUUGUUGAACGAUGAAGACGAGGAGGUGAAUCAGGAAUUUGUGAAUUGGGUAGUGUACAAGAAGUUUUUAGUGGUGAAAAAACAUCAAAAUAUUCCUGACGAUCCGAAAAAUUGGUCCGAGGAUCAUGUGCAAAUUUGGUUGAAAUGGGCUGUCAACCAAUUUGUCCUACGUUUGCAGGAGAAUGAUUGGCAUAUGACGGGCAAGGAAUUGUGCGAACUGUCGUUGCAUGAUUUUCAAAAGAAAAUUCCACGCGAUCCGGGCAAUAAAUUUUGGACACACUUAGAAUUGUUGCGUAAAUGUCAGUUCAUUGCCAUUCCGGGUGACCCAAAAUCGACCAACGAAGACGACGAAGAGGUCACUAGUAUUGAAAAUGUACGCGAAAAGAAUGCCAUUUUCAAGCGGAAUGCAAAAGUCGGGCAUUUUUUGUUGGAGAUUUUGACUGACAAAGAGCAUCGCAACAUCAUCCAGUGGCAUGGCAAUCAGGGUGAAUUUAAGCUGGUUGAACCAGAUCGUGUGGCAGCACUUUGGCGCAUUCGCAAAAAUAAGCCAACUAUGAAUUAUGCGAAAUUAUCACGUGCCUUGUGCGACGGCGACAUGAUCUCGAAAGUGAGCGGCAAGCAAUUUGUCUACAAAUUCAUCUGCGAUUUGGAGCAAUUGACGGGAUACACCCCACAACAGUUAUCCAAUUUCGUCAACGAUGUUCCGGGACAGCCACGGGCACGUCGAUACCCAAAAAGUGCAACUUAUUAAGAUUAUUCAUACAAAAACUUGAAUCUUGCUCAAUUUCAAGAAUAGUUUAUUAAAUCUUAGCUAACAUGCACUUGUUCUAGGUUCCAGGGAACUUGAAACCUAUUCUAAUCAUACGUUACCAUUCGAUUCGAUAUUUUAGUUUCCACAUCGAACUAUCUUUUCUGUUCCAAUAAGAAUACGAAUUUUUAGAAUUCUGGAAAAGCUUACAUCGUACAACUUUCCACUCACACGGUUGACAGCUAAGAACAAAUCAAUCAAAUCAGAUUCAUAAUAAUGAACCAUUUUAUUAUUUAUUUGAAUUCAUUUCAAUUGGAAUGAAAAGAACAGAUUUUUCGUUUCAUACAAUUUAGUAUAAUUGUUUUCAUUCAAUACAAAUUAGUAUGCUACUUAUAAAAUUGUGUUUGAAGUUGUCUUUCGAUGUGAUCGGUUGUCAGUGUUUUGAUUUAUUGGCAGCAUUCAGCUACUUUAAGGUGAGUUGUGUAGCUCUUGCACAGAUUGCAUCAGUAAUUAUUUAGAAUCCUGAAC